UUCCCACCUCUAGGAAGAAGAAGAAAGCCUGAGUCUUGCAAUGUAAAGGUGAUGGAGAGCCACCAAAGCAGAGUACUGUGAUUUCCCCAUCCAAACCAGUGGCUGUAUUUCCUGGUAACAAGUGCUGCGGCCAGAGAGGGAGAGUUAGUUACAAGUUUCCUUCCAUUACCUGAAAUGGCACAUAAUGUAUGGUUGUUCCUGACUACAGGAGAAACUCAGAAAUGAUGUGUCUAACCUUCCCUCCCACAAAACAUACCCAGCCACUUCCUCAUACCCAAACAAAAUCCAGCCCUUCUUUAAGAUGGAAGGUUGGGUCUCCUUUGAUCACAGGAACAGAGAGCAGAAAGGAGACACCUCUCCAACGUGCUGCUGCUGCCACGGGUCUCAUCUCCAUUUCCCUGUUGAGUUUGCAGUGAAGUUUGUUCUCUCUUGGUGCUUUCCUGUCUCGGCACUGCUCUGCUGCAGAAUGGAAGAGAGCUCUUUGCUCGAUAAGAAGAAAUGUAUACCAGUUUGAAUGCAAUUUUCCUGCUCUUCAGGAAGCACAGAAAGGCCCAGCAGCCGCAGCAGCAGCCUCAGCAACAACAACAACAAACAACUUCAAAUAAGCGCCCCAGUAAUAGUGCCCCCCCACCAACCCAGCUAAAUAAGAUCAAGUACUCAGGGGGACCCCAGAUUGUGAAGAAGGAGCGUCGACACAGCUCUUCUCGCUUCAAUCUAAGCAAAAACCGGGAACUGCAAAAGCUUCCAGCCCUUAAAGAUGCUCCUCCACAUGAAAGAGAAGAGCUUUUCAUCCAGAAGCUGCGGCAGUGCUGUGUGCUUUUUGACUUCAUCUCUGACCCCCUCAGUGACCUGAAAUUCAAGGAGGUGAAGCGAGCAGGUCUCAAUGAAAUGGUAGAAUACAUCACGCACAACCGUGAUGUCGUCACUGAGGCCAUCUAUCCUGAAGCUGUUAUUAUGUUUUCAGUGAACCUCUUCCGGACACUUCCGCCAUCAUCCAAUCCCACAGGAGCAGAGUUUGACCCUGAGGAAGAUGAGCCUACAUUAGAGGCUGCGUGGCCACACCUUCAGCUGGUGUACGAGUUCUUUCUCAGGUUCUUGGAGUCACCUGAUUUUCAACCAAAUAUAGCGAAGAAAUACAUUGACCAGAAGUUUGUACUGUCUCUGCUGGAUCUCUUUGACAGUGAAGAUCCCAGAGAGCGUGACUUCCUAAAGACUAUCCUGCACAGGAUCUAUGGGAAGUUCCUGGGUCUGCGAGCAUAUGUGAGGCGGCAGAUCAACAAUAUAUUUUACAGGUUCAUCUAUGAAACAGAGCAUCAUAAUGGGAUUGCAGAGCUGCUGGAGAUCCUAGGAAGCAUAAUCAAUGGGUUUGCUUUGCCUCUGAAGGAAGAGCACAAAAUGUUCCUCAUCAGGGUCUUGUUACCACUGCACAAAGUGAAAUCUCUCAGCGUCUACCACCCACAGUUGGCAUACUGUGUUGUACAGUUCUUGGAGAAAGACAGCAGCUUGACGGAGCCGGUGAUUGUGGGCUUGCUGAAGUUCUGGCCGAAAACACACAGUCCCAAGGAGGUGAUGUUUUUAAAUGAGCUGGAAGAGAUCCUGGAUGUGAUUGAGCCAUCUGAAUUUGUGAAAGUUAUGGAGCCCUUGUUCAGGCAGUUGGCCAAGUGUGUCUCCAGCCCACACUUCCAGGUGGCAGAGCGAGCACUGUACUAUUGGAACAACGAAUAUAUCAUGAGCCUGAUCAGCGAUAACGCAGCCAAAAUUCUCCCGAUCAUGUUUCCAGCGCUCUACAAGAACUCCAAGAGUCACUGGAACAAGACGAUCCAUGGACUGAUCUACAAUGCAUUAAAGCUGUUCAUGGAGAUGAACCAAAAGCUCUUUGAUGACUGCACACAGCAAUACAAGGCAGAGAAGCAGAAGGGAAGGUUCAGGAUGAAGGAACGAGAAGAAAUGUGGCAGAAAAUAGAGGAGCUGGCCCGGCUGAACCCCCAGUAUCCCAUGUUUUAUGCACCUCCAUCAUUGCCGCUGGUCUGCUGUAUGGAAACGGAGACCCCGACUGCAGAAGAUAUUCAGCUACUGAAGAAAACAGUGGAGACGGAGGCUGUGCAGAUGCUGAAAGACAUUAAGAAGGAGAAGGUUUUGCUGCGCCGGAAAUCUGAGCUUCCUCAGGACGUCUACACUAUAAAAGCCCUGGAGGCCCACAAGAGAGCAGAAGAGUUUCUCACUUCUAACCAGGAGGCUCUCUGACGGGCUCAGAAGCUGGCCCAGGAAGCUCUGUCCCAUCCCUUUCCCCCAGGGGUCACAGAAAUGCACUCGGUUCUCAUGUAUAAUAAGGAAUGAACAUGGUGAGCUGUGCCUGUCCUCCACUCCAUCCGCAUCCCUGCAGGAUAGAUCUGUUUUUAUGUUGUACCUUGUAUCUCACCACUGCCAUAUCCUCCUGCUUCUCCUCCUCCUUCCACGCACACACACACACACUCACACACGUGUGUACGUGAAGGGAAGGGAACCUGGCUGCCCUGCAGGUCCAGGCAGGGAUUGCUGCAUUUCCAGCUGCUGCCUGGUUUUCGCUCUUCCUGGGAGCCUUGCAGGGCAGGCAGGUGCUUCCUGCAGCUCUGCUAGAAGGAAGGGCUGAAGGGAGCUGCUCUGGGCUCUGUAAGCUCCAGAGAGAACCGAGCCCCUGCCCAGCUCACCUCCGAGGGAUGGCUGAGCUGGGCAGCGGCACAGUGCGGUUCAGCUCUCAGGCUUCAGGAUCAGCCUGAGCUGCCCAGUUCAGCCCAGCCUGAGCCGGGCGUGCUGGCUGGAGGCUCAGCGUGCUGCAGCCAUCCCAGCUGCCCGCCUCCGCUGUGCCUGCCCCAGUGCUGCUUGCGGUGACCAGAGGCUGAGCGCAUGGUGGGAUCAGCUGGCAGAGUUUGUGGGGGCUCUGCCUGCUCCCCCCCUGCCUCGGGGUGCAGCUGUGCGGUGGGAAGGCUCACGCACAGCAGGAGAUGUUCGCUUCCACCUUUCUUUUGCCUCAAGCCCCCCGUUCUGUUCCCCUGUUGGUGGAGUGGGGGUUCAGUGCUUUGCCACCCCCAGUAUAGCUGGGUGCAAGCACUACAUCCUAUUGCUUCCCUCCUUUUAGAGCAUCCUUAGAAGCUCUCUCUUGGGAAAGUAAAUUCCUUCUGCUCGUUGUGUUGGUCCUCGCUAA